AUGUCUACUCCUGCCAACGAUCCAGAACCUCCGAAGAACGAGAAUAUCCCUCAUCGAACUGUUCGCCUGGUGGAUCCCGAGACCUCUAAACUUCGACCACCCGCUCCUCUAGAAGAGAUCUUGGCUUCGUUCAGCCGGAAAACACACUUCCUUCAACUCGUCUCCGAGAGACCGGAACCCAUCGUUAAGCUUAUUAACAAGGAGGAGGCGCGCCGGAAGCGCGUUCAGCAGCGAAAAGCACAACUUCAGAACAAGAUGGAGGAGAAGGAGAUUCAGAUGACAUGGGGCAUCGCUUCGGCAGAUCUGGAGCACAAGCUCAGAAAGGUCCGGCAGGAGUUAGAGAAAGGGAACCGUGUGGAUCUGGUAUAUGCACCAAAGAAAGGACAGCCCUUACCGAGCCCUGCUGCGAGGGAGCAGCGAGUGAAGGAGACUCUGGACCUCCUUGCUGACAUUGGUAAAGAAUGGAAGCCACGAGAACAGACGGCGCGGAUGAUUGUCAUCUAUCUCGAGAAGCUGAAGAAAUCAUAG